AUGAUAAAAAAAUUUAAAUUUACAAAUGUAUCACCAUCUGUCUUUUGUUCCUUUGUUCCAAAAUUAAUUUCCAAAAGACAAUUUCACGUCACAUCAAUUAACAAGAAAGAUGACAAGAAAGAUGACAAGCAAGAUGGCAAGAAAGAUGACAAGCAAGAUGACAAGCAAGAUGACUUUGAUCGAGUAAAGUAUGAAGUAUCUCCAAUAUAUCGUGAAAAAGCAGGACAUUUGCUAGAUCUUAAAGGAUCAAAAAUCUUUACAGAGCAUCGAUAUUCAACAAUGAAUUUUCGUAUUUCACCGCGCAAAUUAAAUUUUUUGGGACGUCAAAUCGCAAAAAAACCAUUGAACGAAGCGAUAAAACAAAUGGAAUUUUCACAUAAAAAAGCAUCAAAGAAAAUAAUGCAUUCAUUGAUAACGGCUAGACAUCAUGCACAGUUAUAUAAAAAGAUGAACAUUGACAAUUGUUAUAUAGAACAAGCUUGGGUUGGUAAAGGCUAUUAUCGUAAGAAACCAAAUUAUGCAGCUAGAGGUAGAAUGAGUUAUAUGUUAAUUAAGAAAUCUCACAUGAAGUAUAUAAUAAAAGAGAAGAAAGUGAACUUGAAAGAGGAGGAAGAAGGUAUUAAACGAAAACGUAAAUAUAAAGGCUUUAAUUAUGAGAGAAAAAAAGUCUGGAUGCCUUUAAUUGAGAACAAACCAAUUUAUAAUCCAUCUAAAUUUUAUAAUUGGUGA